AUGGAAUUAGACACUGGUGGAGGCGUCUCAGUCAUUUCAAAAGAAACUUACAAGAAAACCUUCAGUGGCACACCCCUCAUGCCGUCCAAUACUCGCCUACGUGCAUACGCAGGACACCCACUCAAGGUACACGGGCAACUUAUUGCACACCUAAAGUACCAACUGCGCAAAACUAUCCAAAAUCUCCCUAACGUUUUUAAACCAGGCCUCGGAAUUGUCAAAGGAAUCACAGCCAAACUAGAGAUGAAACCUGACGCACGUCCAAAGUUUUGCAAGGCUCGUCCCGUCCCCUCUACUCUUCAGGAAGCUGUUAAAACUGAAUACAACCGUACUCGAGUCAUAAGGAAUUGUCGAACGGGUGGAAUUCAGUGA